AUGCUCAAUGCAAAGAAGGCCACUCGGGUCACUCCUCAUGUAAGGUCUCCGACAGCCGUCCCUCCGAGCCGAGCUGUUCAGGCCAGCGCAUUACCGGCUCGCAGCCUUUCACCUAAGCCUUCGACUCAGUGUCCACGGAGUUUCAGAAAUCUUACUGUCGAGCAAAUAGGAGCUGAGAAGCACUACUAUCUCACCGAGGAUGGACGGAGGAUACUUGAUGCUUCCGGCGGAGCUGCCGUGAGCUGCUUUGGACCCGGCCCGAACGACAGGAUAGCAGACGCGGUGAAUAGGGCAUAUCGGCAAUUCGGAGGUUACAGUUGCUCAUUAUCUUUCACUAAUGGCUCUACAAGAGCCUUCGUCGAUGCUCUUGUAGAAAGUACCGGGGGUCACAUGGAAGCGGCUCUUCUGUAUGGCUCGGGCUCUGACGCUUGUGAGGCCGCAGCAAAGCUACUCCUCCAGUAUCACGCAGAGAACAAUCAAGCACAACGAAGAGUUUUCAUUGCGCGUGAGCAGUCUUAUCACGGAACUACGGCAUUUGCACUUUCAUGGGGUUCCUACUGGGCAAGAAGAGAACCAUUCCAGGAUGUCUUGAUGACUGUCCCUCGGGUUGCAGCGUGCAACUCGUAUCGUGGCAAGAAAGCUGACGAAACGGUCCAAGAAUACGUUGCAAGACUUGUCAAGGAAUUGGAGCAGAAGUUCAGAGAUGUCGGCCCAGAGAAGAUAGCUGGCUUCGUCUGUGAGCCUGUUGUUGGUGCAGCGCUGGGUUGCAUGCCGGCUGUUCCUGGAUAUCUCCAAGCUGUUCGAGAGCUUUGCGACAAGCACGACGUUCCACUUGUUUUCGACGAGAUCAUGUGCGGCUGGGGCCGGACCGGCACUCUUCACACGUGGCAGCAUUAUGGUGUCGUGCCCGAUAUUCAGCUCUUGGGCAAAGGGUUGGUUGGUGGCUAUGAGAUACUUUCCGCUAUGCUCGUUGGCAAGAAGCUGGGAGCUAUGGAAGCGAUCCGCAAAGGCUCAGGGACUUUCAACCACGGACAUACCAUCCAGGGCAUGCCCAAAACCUGCGCGGGGGCUCUUGAAACCCUCAAGAUGGUCCAAGAACUGUUACCUAAUAUUAAAGAAAUGGGGGACCGUCUCAUGAAAGGUCUUCAGACCAGGCUUGGGGCUCAUCGCCAUGUCGGUGACAUCCGCGGCAUGGGGCUGUUUAUUGCGAUCGAAUUUGUUCAAGACAGGCUUUUGAAGGCUCCGUUCAAUCCGGAUGACAGAAUCUCUAAAGCCAUCCAAGAGAUGGGUAGGUUGCAAUCCUACCGUCUCACCACACACAACAUACACGUCUAUCCUGGCACGGGUAGUGCUAACCCGGAAGGCAGAGAGGGGGAUCACAUUAUCAUCGCGCCCCCCUAUGAUGUUGACGCGGACGAGAUCGACCUCAUCGUCAACGUCGUUGGCAACCUGAUUGAGAACUUCUUCGAGGAGUUCAAGCCUACUACACAGAAGUCGUGA